AUAGACAGAGUAGCAACCUAUUUCUUUAAAAUCUUUCUAAAGAAAAAUAAAACCCCAAAAGAGGACAAUGGAUUCUUCUUCUUCCUCCUCCUCUUUCUCUAAUUCCCCCUACAAUUUCAAUUUCAGCACCCCUCCCCUUCCAUUCAACGUAAACGACUCGGACGAGAUGUUCCUCUAUGGCCUUCUCACGCAAGCUGCCUUAGACACCACAUCUGAAACGAAUAGUACCCCCAUGGCUGAGCGAAAACCCUCACCAAAGGACAAGAAUUACAGAGGUGUCAGGCGUCGGCCAUGGGGCAAAUUCGCGGCGGAGAUUAGGGAUUCGACAAGAAAUGGAAUUAGGGUAUGGCUAGGGACAUUUGAUAGUGCUGAAGAUGCUGCUUUGGCAUAUGAUCAAGCUGCUUUUUCAAUGAGAGGGUCAGAGGCAAUCUUGAAUUUUCCAGUGGAAAGAGUUGCUGAAUCUCUUCAUGAAAUGAAGUGUCAUGUUGAACAAGGUUGUUCACCUGUGGCGGCUCUUAAGAAGAGACACUCUAUGAGGAAGAGAAAUUUGAACAAGAAAAAUCAUAAAGUUAUAAAAGAUGAAAGUAAUUAUGUUAAUUUAGUAGUGUUUGAAGACUUGGGUGUUGAUUAUUUGGAGCAACUUUUGAGUUCAAGUGAUCAGUGUAGUACUAGUAAUGACUGCCAAGAAUUGUGGUGGAAUGAAUAAAAUUCUUCCAAGCUUAACCAAAGGAUUCAAGUUUGAGUCAUGAAAAUGAAAAAUUCAUGGUAAAAUUUUAUGGGCACGAAUCCAAAUUAAUUGAUGUCCCAAUACAAAUACUUGACGCCUGAUGGAAAACAAAAAAAUAAAAUAAUACUACUAUUGUAGCUUUUAGUUCUUGGUAAAUUGUAGGUCCAUCCAACUAUUUUCUUUUUACAUCAAUUUCUCCCUUACUUUAAUUGGAGAUCAGUUUGUAGAUAUUUCUUUUGUAAAUAUAUUUUUGGUGAUGGUGGCUUGUAAUGCUCAAUAGCUUCAAUGUGAUUUUGGUACUUUGUUGGAGAAGAA